UGAUCCGGUGGGGAAACAGCGUGUCUGAUCGGCAGCCGAGGGUGUUUCUUCCCCCAGUUUAGGACGUGGAGCAGGGAGCGGCCCAGCGCUCGGGGCCCGCGGGGAGAGGUGCCGGAGGGCUAAGGGAGCGGUGGGGGCUGUUCUACCAUGCCCCACACACCGCAGGAUGUGCACCUGGCGUGAGGGGCUCAAGCGCGGCUGCCCGGCUGUGUCGGUGCUUUGCACAAGGCUUCAGUUACAAGAAGAUGUUUAGCUAAAAUUCCUUUGCUGCCUCUUUUGUUUGUUUGUUUUUCAGGACGAGAGGACACAGUCUUAAACUGCGUCAGGGGAGGUUUAGGUUGUGCGCUAGGAGGGAUUCCUUCACAGGAAGGGUGAUUAGACAUUGGCAUGGGCUGCCCAGGGUGGAGUCACCGUCCUGGAAAGUGUUUGAGGAAAGACUGGACGUGGCACUUGAUGCCAUGGUCUAUUUGACAAGGUGGUGUUCGGUCUUACGUUGGAUUCCAUGAUCUCAGACGUCUUUCCCAACCAAAUUCAUUCCGUGAUUUCCUUUUGGAUGGUUUUUGCCCUUUUCACCUCAUGCUAAAUGUGCAACUACGAGGCUUACCUCUUUGAUUCAGGGAUCGCAAAUAGUGAAAAUACAGCUGUGUACAAUUGUGCAUACAGUUGCAUGCCUCCAAAAUUAAUGUAGAAAUCAAGAGAGCCCUGUGAAGAAACGUGAUCAUUUCUGAAUCAUAAAUGCUGCUAGUUAUGUACACGUAAUGAGGAGCUGGUUAGAAUCUCAGCUCUGCAAGCAUUCUAGAUCAGUGAGGCUGCCCAGAUGGAUAAAAUACUACAGGUCCUGUUUUCCACUGAUCUUUGCGUCAUGGGGCAAGGAAAUUCUUGUAAAAAAGAUGUUUCAGUCUAGAUAUGAGAAUCCUAAUCAAGAGACUGUUUUCCUAAGAGUCACUGGAUUCCUACUGUUGAAGCAUGGAAGUGGUCUUGCACUAUCGACCACAUCAGAGGGAUCUAAUAAAACUGCAGAAAUUUGCAGAAGCAGCAGUGAAGGAGUUUCCCAUUCGCCAAUUACCAAGAUUUGCACCCUGGUUUCCAAGUGAUUUACACAGACUUCCCCUCAAACCAAAAAAGCAAGCACCUGUUAUUUCUUGUGAGGAAGUGGAAGAAUUGAAACAACUUUCUACACCUUCAGAAUAUGUUACAGGAUCUCCUGAUUAUGACUGCACAAAAAAUCUCCUUGAGUUUCACUCUAGCAUGAAACAUGGUCCAACUUUAAUCCAAGCACAGGCUGUUCACAGAGCAAUUAACUUGGACUAUCAAGGAGAACCAUCGCCUAAUGGAAAACAAAAAUUGAAAAGGUCUUGGAGUGUCUCUCUCCCUAGUGCUAAACUCAAAGAAAAGAUUCAUCCUUUAUCUCAAGAGCUGCAAAAUAAUUUGGAAAGACUAAAGCUGCAUGCAUUUUGUAGAGCAAAGUGGACAAUUGAACAGUCUAUUUGUAAAAACCAGAAUUUGGAGGACAUAUGGAUAAAAUUGAAUAGACUCAUUAAACAGAAUGAAUUGCCAUCUUGCAAUGCUACUAUCCAAAGAUCUGUGGGACAGAUAUGGAUUUUCUGUGAUAUAUUAUACUGUGAAUAUGUUAGAAAUAUUCUUAGGGAAAAGCUAAGCCUUACAGAUAAAAUGAAUUUGCUUGUACAUAAAUAUGGAAUUAUAUUUAGUUUAUAACUUUAGAUAUAGUUUAAUAAUAAAAUUACUGUCUGAAAUAGUAGAGUUUUUAAGCAGUUAAGUAUAUAUAGACUUUAGAACAGCUGAUAAAUUAACGGUAAGAAAACUAUUUGUAUUACUUUGCUACAGUCUUCUAACCAUAAUGAUAUAUUUUAAUUUUGUUUUGCCUCAAGACUUAUGGUUCUGUUAAGAUUAGUAAGUUUCUGUUUGGCUUAGUACUGCAUUUUAUGGCUUUUCUCUACCUUGCUGGUCUAAAGGAAAAUAUUUAAGUGAAAAUUCCAGACUAUUCCAGAUAAUAAAAUUUAUGCUUUCAAUUAAGCAAAGUAUGUCCUCUCUGCUUCUUUGGAAUUAGGAGAAGGAAAAAUGUUUUUAAGUGUGUUGUAAUAAUUGCUAUAAUAGUUGUAAUUGACGUUAAGACUUUCAAGACCUGAUUAUUUCCUGAAAGUAGUGUUUGAAUUUUUUUAGUGAAGGCAUAUCCCUCCCAUGAAAUACAAACUUACUUUAUGUGGCAUAUAUCCACUGUCUUAGCAAUGAUAGCUAUAUUUUCACAGAAAUAUUAAUGAUAGCUUCAGUGGAAGCUGUGGGGUGAAAAAUAAUGAACAACUUAAUAAUUGCUCGUUUACACCUUUGAUAAUAAGAUUUUUUUUUUCCUGGUGUUUCUGUUCUUUUGUCUCUAUAUUUAAGAACACGAAAACACUAGCUUCCAGCUAAAAGUGAGGAAAAUAAGAAGUGAGACUUGUAUCUGAAACCUCUUGUUUGUUGUCUUUGAGAAUUUGAAUGCCUUUUAUGGUCAUAAAAGGCUGAGUUCAGCAUGACUUUUUUUCUCUUGAAAGAAUGAAGUGUUCCAAGGUCAUGCUGUCCCUGCUCAAUUGAGUGUUUGGAGGGUCAGUAGAGAAGUUAAACUGGGAUCAAUAUAAUUGCAAGGGUAUGCAUUUGCACUCCUACUAAUUCUAGAUAGUUCUGCUGUAGCUGGAGGUCAGGGUCUGUAGCAUCUGGAAAAAGGGGAAAACAAGUGUUUAAUAUUUGUAGAUUGAUGUAACUGGCAUUAAUGACAAUCUAACAAAGUGCACAUAAGCAUAACAGAGAUCCCUCCAUGUAAAAACAAAGUAAAUGCCCAUUAGACUUAUAUUUUUAUGACAUCCUUGUGUUGAAUAAUUAUAUUUUAUUAUAGGCAUUACAUUUUCUUUUUUUUUUUUAGAUUAAAAUUGCUCCAUUUGAGUCAUUGACAUGUAUUUUUAAGCUUUGACUGAAUUUUGAGACAUUCAUAAAUGUCUUACAUUGAUGUUUGGGGUGUAUGUGACAUUUAAUGUGACCGCUUAGCAAAACUGAUGCAAAAUGCUUUCUAGAGCAACUGAGGGUUGUUAUUAGUUUUAAAGCCAACUUUUCACUGACAUGAUAUUUCUGAGCUUAACAUUAAUAGUAACAAAAUUUCUUUGUGCAUGAGCAUUUUGGAAGAUAAGAUGAAGUAAAAUGCAGUGUGAUUUGAAUUCUAUUUAAUGUAUUUUUUGUCUAGGAUCUUAGAAGAGAUGAUAUAUUUUCUAACGUGUUAGUAGUCGUAAUAAAUACGAUAACAUAGCUAA